GGGCAGGCUCGGCUCUGCCGCUCGCUCUGCCGGGGCUCCCGGUGCUCCGCGCUCGGUGCUCCGUGCCCGGCUGCCCGGCGGGGCUGGCACGCCCUGCCCGGCGCUCCGCGGGCUCUGCUCGCCCCGGGGCUCUGGCGUCGCCUCGGAGCGCGGCGUGCUGCGGGCUCGGCCGGCUCUCCGGGGCAGGCUGACCGCAUUUUCUCGGUGCGGUCUUGGCUCGGUUCCGACACCUCCGGUUGUCUGUUUCGCUUGUCUCGGGAUCAAAUCUGCGUAUUCGCCUUGUUUGAGAUCGGCCAGGGGUGCAAGGGGGGCUUGCUGGCCUGUCAGGGCCUGCAGGGCCCUAAAGUCACUGAGUGACUGUGGUUUGGAUAGCUUGGCUUGAAUACUUGCUUACUGCAACCCUGAGAACGAUCACCAGUUUCUGAAUUGGGGCCCUGGGUUCCAGAAGAAGAGCUGAUGUAGAUUAAAGCCACAGUGAUGGAGAUAAGUCGUUCUUUAGUAAACUCUUCCAGUGGUUAGUUUUUGCUACCCUCACAGCAUCAUUUACUGUGAGCUCUAAGGUUGAAAAAUUGUUGUUAUGAUGCUGGGUUGGAGAAUUGUCCCUGUUGAGUCUGGAGAGAUUGUGGGGUUUAAAGUAAGAAAGAAAAAAAAUCUGUUUUCUAAGCUAGUUUACAAUACCUCAGCUGAUUAAGUUAUAGUGUUUGACUGAUGAAUGGUAAAACCAGAGAAAAAAGCUUGCUGGGUUGUCACAAAUUAUGUACAAGUGGUGUUACCCUUCACAGUCUUCCAUUUUGCAUCCACAGGUUUGUGCUGUGCCAUUCUGGGAGGAUGUUUAGCUCAUCGCUUACUGAAACCAGAGAAUAAAUGUAUUUACUAGAUUUUUAAACUCUUUCAAGCUGCGGGGUGCAGCUGCAUCCUGCUGUGUUAGUUCCAAAUUCUGUGUGUGUGACCUUGCACUGACAUGGAGCCUGCUACAAAGUGUCAGCCUGUCCAAGUUCAGGUUUUGCUAAAUUUGUUUCCAGUUGUGUACGUUGUGUCAGAACAUUGACACAAAUGUUCAGCUGACCCUUAAUAGUGGAUCCUUGUCAGGAUGAUCUCUGUGUGUACAUGUCCAGUUUCCCAGAUUAGUUGAGUACAGAAGAAGCUUUAAAGAUGCUUGGUCAGUGGAGUGUGGUGGUGAAAGACAGUUCUGCUGCUUAAAAAAAAGUAAACAACAACAACAAAAAAAGACCCCAAACCACGCUCCACAAAUCAUGUAGCUCUCUGUGGCCUUGUGCUGUUACUGUAGUCUGGUUUUAAAAUGCUGUGAUAGCACAGAUAAAAAUGGAAAAGUUGGUUUUGAGUUGCCACCAGUCUGGCACUUUUUGGAUUGUCUUGCCUGGGCUCCAGGGGAUGCAGUGGGAGACAUGGAGCUGCUGCUGGUCCAUCCUUCAGAGAGGAUGAAUUUGUGAUGUCUUUGUGCAGUCACACCACUGUGGUGGGGUGGAAUUUUAUGUCUGGGUUUCUCCUGACAGGAUGUUUGUGGUGAUAACCACAAUAACUUAAGGUCUGCCCAUGAGUGAAAUUUAGGGAGCUCAGUUUUGUAUUAAUUACUUGGAAGGUACCACUGAUACCUUGCUAUAAAGUUACUAAGCUACAGCAAAAUGUGCUGAGAAAGAAGCUGGAUUUAAUGGGCUCAAGUUUGAUUUUGGGAAGUAGCUGGUGUAAGGAGAGCUGCAAUGUUUUAUGUUUGCCAUCCUGUGAGUACAGCUGGGGCAGGGGCCUGGAAGUUGCUUUGUUUUGCUGUGGAAAUCACCCUGGCUGUCAGGCAAACUGAACCAAAUCAGUGAAUUUCCUUUGCUUUGAGCUGUCUGAAUGCUGUUUUACCACUUGUAAACUUGUGCUGCUGUGUGCAGCUUUCCAGUAGCUCAUACAGGGAGUGAUGCUGGAUGUCACAAUUUCCUCCAAGUUCCCUGUUUUCAAGCAGGGAAAUUGUACUGUUGUCCAUGAUAACAAAACAAAGAAUGCUGAAGCCUAAAUAAUGGGUUGACUCUGCAGCUUUAUGUUGUAUAGGCAUUAAUGCUUUGCACAUUCACCUUGUUAUUUUGUGGAUUGCAAUAUGUACCCAAAGAGCCAGAUAGAACAACUAAGGGGAGUGUUUGGGGCUGUGCUGUCAUAAAUGGGAAGAACAGUUUUCAGUGAAGCUUGUAGGAUGUCAAAGCAUCCCAUCUGCCAGUGCCCAGCAGCUCUUGGCUUUUCAAAUUUUUGAAGUUUACAUGUUGAGUGCAAUCAGAUAUGGUUAAGAAGACAAAGUCCUUUUCUUAAAAAGUCUCAAAGCUGUACCAAGAGGUCAGGAAACUUUGAGAUCUUUGUCUUUAAAUUGGAUCUGAGCAAAAAAAUUACACUUCUGAGAAGUGCAGCUCAGCAGGUGUUCUGUCACUGCAGAAAGUGACAACCUGUGCAGUGAGGAGGCCUAGGCUGGCCUGUGUCACACAGCAGGGGGAUGUGGUCUCUGCACUUCUCACCCCACCUGCCCACCAGGUGUGUUCCUGGAGUGGAACAGGAGGGUGGGAUGUGUGAAUGAGCCAGACGUUAAAUGUGUGAAUACUUUCUCAGGUAAUUAUACUGUAAGGUAGUAAUUGCUUCUAAAUUGUUACUUGAGAAUCCCUUAAACUUGUAGGUUAUCUAAUUCUGUCAAGUUAAUCAUUUUUCCAUAAUAGUUUUUGUACAGACUGCCAGGAGAAGUGCAUAGUGGACAACCAAACAACUAUCACAAGAGCUUUGAAGAACUCCUUUAAUACAUUUACUACAUUUGGCUUAUCUGUCAGUAUGCCCACACUAAUGGCAUCAUAAUGUUCCAAACUACAGAUCCUUGAAGUCUAAGCUGUUAAUAAAUCUGCCACCUUGAAUCUGUUUUUUACACUGAAACCAUUGUUUAUGUGUUUGACAAGAAGUUUCUCUUAAAGAGUUACUCGGUGAAUUCCUGAUGGUAGCUUUGAGACUUUGAUCCCAGUGCUCAGGUUGCACUUGAGCAAGGCUGCAGUGUUUACUAGAAAAUUGAUUUAAUCUUAGAAAGUAUUCUGCUGUGUUUUAUGGUGUACAUAGACCAGGUAGUUUAUGAUCAAAGUGUGUGUCAAAAUAAUUGAGUACUAAAUUUGAUUUUUAAAUAGAUUGGUUUUAAUGUUAUCUAUUUUUAGAAAAGUGCAGGGAUUGGUGUGUUUGAUCUGUUUCUCUAGUCUCUGUAAUGCUAGUGUUACUGCUGGCUUUACUAAACAGCUGAUUUAUGAUAGUCAUCAGUUGGCUCUCUUUGGGAACUGCAGCUUGACAGUCUUUGAAUGUGAUUUAAUGCUACAAAGCAAUAUAUGAUUUGAGUUAUAUUAUCAAAUCCAUUAAUCUGUUCAAUAAACUUGAAGAGUGAUAUUACCAUUACCUGCUGCAGCUAAUAAUAUUUGUGCUGUGCUUAAGGAUGAUUUCUGCAAACUUCCAGUUCCAUGCCCCUAGCUUAAAGUCUAUAACUAUUGAUAUUAUGUGGGGUUUUGGGAAAGUUUGUAACUUCCAUUCACCCAGAAGUUCUCUUCAUUAAUUGUUGGAGAACAAUCCACAAAACAGCAGAUUACUGAUUCUUAGAUGGUAUUUUUUAUCGAUUUCUUUUUCUUAACUGUGACACAUGGUUCUGCUAGUCUGCACUGUUUUUAUUUAUAUUAGUAUUUAUUUAUAUUAUUUUAUUUAUAUUAGUCCUUGCUAGGACUAAUAUAGUGCAGUUGUAUCACUGAUGUAACAUUGGGUACUGGCCACUUAUUUCCUGCUGUGAUGGAGGGUAGGUUUUGGUCACUGUUAUGACUGCAUGUGGUUUUAGCAAGCUUGUAGAAGGGUUUGUUCCAUAGUGUGAUGUUUCCAUCACCAUCUGAUAAGAUCAUGUAGGUUUUUGUAAGGUAUUAAAAUAAGUUUGUUGUGUCAGAGUCACAACUUUAAGUGAUUUGAAAACUGAUAUGGCCUCACCAUCCUUGUAAGGACAAUUUGAUUUGUUUUAAAUGGUAGGGUGAAGCACUCUGAACUUUUUUUUUUUCCCCAUGCAAUCUUCACAGAAUUCACAGACUCAGUGGGUUGGAAGAGACCUUAAAGAUCAUUGAGUCCAGCCCAUGCCCUAACACCUCAACUAAACCCUGGCAUCAAGUGCCACAUCCAGGCUUGUUUUAAACACAUCCAGGGAUGGUGACUCCACCACCUCCCUGGGCAGGCCAAGUCCUGGCCCCAAGGAUUCCAAAAAGCACAGCUUCUUUCAUUGGUUUUCCCUUUGCAGCUGCUUUAACCAAGAUUGUGACCUUGUUUAGUGUAGGGAGAGUAAACUGGUAAGUGCACGAGCAUCACUGCUCUGGGGUGUAGGAGGGUGUCACUUGUGAAGCAAGCAGUCAGCAGAGCUAAGGUGUCCUCAGCUCAGUGCCCCACUUGCUCUCAAAUUGUACUCCUAGCACAGCAUGGUAGUGUAGGUACCUUUUAAAAACGUUGGGGUGUGCUGGUGUUGUCCCUGUGUUGAUGUGAUUUGUUAAAACUGGCUAGAUUUUAUAUUGCUGCUUUAGUACCGUGCCCAGGUAAUGUGGGAUGGCUGUGGCCAAGGAGUAAAAUCUGGGGUAAUUGUGUUGGAAAAAUGCCUGCAUAAUGAUCUGCUCUGGGUUUUGGAUCCCUUGCUGGUGGCUUCAUGUUUGCUGUACACUGCUCCAGUAUGCUGGCAGUCGGGGUGCAUCGGAACAUAUUUUACCUUUUUUGGAAGUGUAUCGAAUCUCCAUCCAAAGCUUUGCUAAUGCAAGACCUUACUUGACUACAGAAUGUGAAGAUGUUCUUUUGGUACUUGGCAGGCUAGUGCUGAGUUGUUUUGAGCUACUGCUUUCAAUUCCUGAAAGUGAAUUACCACAUGAGGUGUGGUUAGGAUUCCAUCAAUCCAUUCAGGAUUCACAUGAUGCUUUACUGGAAUUUGGGAAUAACAACCUUCAAAUUUUGGUGGAUAUCACAAGGGAAGGGGUAUGGAAAAAUCCAGUUCUUCUUAAAAUUCUAUCCCAGCAACCAGUAGAAACUGAGGAAGCUAAUAAAUUGAUUACACGAGAAGGGCCUUCCUUUCUGCAGAUGCGAAUAAAACAUUUGAUGAAGUCAAACUGCAUCCCCCAAGCCACCUUCUUGUCAAAAUUGUGUGCAGAUUCUCCAGAAAUUGCAAAUGUUUCAUCUUUUCGCCAAGCCUACAUCACAUGUGUGUGUUCAAUGCUGCCUAAUGAAGACUCCAUUAAGGAGAUUGCAAAGGUGGAUUGCAAAGAGGUACUAGACAUCAUAUGUAAUCUGGAAUCUGAGGGACAAGAAAAUACUGCAUUUAUUCUUUGUACAACAUAUCUUACCCAUCAGCUUCAAACAGCAAAUGUGUAUUGCUCUUGGGAACUGACACUUUUCUGGAGCAAACUGCAGAGAAGAAUAGAUCCUUCCUUAGAUUCCUUUUUGGAGAGAUGUCGUCAGUUUGGCAUCAUUGCCAAGACACUACAGCAUCUAUUUUUCUUGAUAAGAGUCAUACAAUCUGAAGCAGAGGAAGCAGGACUUGCUGUGUCUGUGUUGUUGUGUGUGAGAGCCCUUCAGAUCAGGUCCAACGGAAGCGAUGAAAUGAAGACAUCAGUGUGCAAAACAAUUGCUUGCCUUUUACCAGAAGACCUUGAAGUUAGAAGAGCCUGUCAGCUCACAGAAUUCUUACUUGAGCCAACUUUGAGUGGAUUUAAUGCCUUGGAAGAGCUCUAUAUGCAGCCAGACCAAAAAUUUGAUGAAGAAAACGCACUGGUUCCAAAUUCACUCCGCUGUGAACUGCUGUUAGCUUUGAAAGCAUAUUGGCCAUUUGACCCUGAAUUUUGGGACUGGAAGACUUUGAAGAGGCAUUGUCUUAAACUGUUAGGGAAGGUAGCUUCUGAUUCUGAGGAUGAUGCAGGCUGCCAUAUGUCACUCAAUGAAACUGACAUGUUAGAAACUUUCUUCAGUGACUAUGAUGAGACAAAAGAACACAAGUAUUAUGAUGGGAAAGACACGAUGAGCCACCCUAAGGAAAAAGCAAGAGUAAAAAAACCAAUUGGUUCUUCAGAAAGAUACCAGAGAUGGCUUCAAUACAAGUUUUUUUGUGUGCUCUGCAAAAGGGAGUGUAUAGAGGCCAGAAUACUGCAUCAUUCUAAGAUGCACAUGGAAGAUGGUAUUUAUACAUGUCCUGUUUGCACAAAAAAGUUCAAGAGAAAGGAAUUUUUUGUACCACAUGUAAUGGAACAUGUUAAAAUGCCACCUAGCAGAACACACAGACCUAAAAAGAAAAUAAUUCUGAAAAAAGAGAGAUCACCACAAAAGGCAACAGCUUCCAGCAGCCCACCCCCAGUGUUUCCAGAAAGGUCACACCAGGCACAGCUCCCUGAAAGCUUUGAGGAUGACACAGAGGAAUAUGUCACAUUCAGCCAACUGGAAAAUUGCCAGCUGCAAGACAGAGACAUCUACCCCUGUCCUGGGACAGAUUGUUCCAGAGUAUUUAAACAGUUUAAGUACUUAAGUGUCCAUCUGAAAGCUGAACAUCAAAACAACGACGAGAAUGCAAAACACUACCUGGACAUGAAGAACAGGAGGGAGAAGUGCGCGUUCUGCCGCCGGCACUUCAUGACCUCCUUCCACCUGCGGGAGCACGAGCGCGUGCACUGCGGGCCCCAGCCCUACAUGUGUGUGUCCAUGGACUGCUACGCCAGGUUCGGCUCGGUCAACGAGCUGCUCAACCACAAACAGACCCACGACGAUCUUCGCUAUAAGUGUGAGCUAAAUGGCUGUAAUAUUGUUUUCAGUGACUUGGGGCAGCUUUACCAUCACGAGGCGCAGCACUUCAGGGAUGCGUCGUACACUUGUAAUUACUUUGGUUGCAAAAAGUUUUAUUAUUCAAAGACUGAAUUUCAGAAUCACCUUGCAGCACAUGAUAUUAAAGUGUCAAAUGGGGAAGGGAAGCAAACGCUGAACCUUGAAGGGUUGGUUUCAGAAGAAAAAUCCAGUUAUCUUCCAGAGUCUCAGCUGCUUGAACAAUCUGAAAAUUCCAAUCUGAAUGAUAACUUGGAUCCCUCAGGCUCUCAGGAAAUUCCACAGGUGAAGGAAGAAUCUCUCUCUGACAGUGAAGAUCUCAACAGUGAAAGUAAUUGCAGCCUGCUUUGUGGGAAGCACACGGCAGAUGCUGCAGCAAGCCAAGGUCAGACAUCUCCACAGCUGCUUGGAGCAGUGGCUCACAACCAGUCAGUUCCAGGUUUUGUCGUGUCCCAGGAAGGAGUCUUCCAUCCAGCAAAUAUGAAACAACAGUGCUCCAAUGUGGCAGUUUGCUUUGAUGAAAAAAAUCUUUCCUGUGGUUUUGAAGGCUGCUGUUCCACCCACAAAAAUUCCAGAAGUAUGCAAAAGCACCUUCGAAGGGUCCAUCCAUACAACUUUAAAGGUAAAAGAAAUAUGGAAAUGAAAACUAAAUACUUUCUCGAUCUGUUGAGUGAUGCUCAGGACAGUAAAUCCCCUACAGAUAUGAGUCCAGAGUUAGGUCAUAAUUCUGAUACAAAUGCUGACUCUCCAGAAAGUGUGUGUUGUGCUGUAGAUUCUAAAGGAAGCAGUGGCCUGAGGGAAGAGACUUGUCCUUCUUCCCCAGAAACAUCUUUUUAUGACAGCUCUAAAGAACUAGAUAUUGAAGAUAACAUGUUGGAACUAAUGUUAGGCUUGAAACAUCUAAGCUUAAAAAAUAACAUUCAGAAUUCUUCAAGACAAAAGUCUUUUCUGGGCUAUUCAUCUAGGGAUGCCAAGUGCCCUGAGUCAGUUGAUGAAGCUACCUCAAAAUUUCACCUUCAAGAGCAAGAAGAUAAUUUACCCAGCCAGUACCUUACUCAACUGGCAGCUAAACCAUUUUUCUGUGAAUGUCACGGAUGUACAUGUGAGUUUGUGACCAGAGAAGCUCUCUUAAUGCAUUAUGUUAAAAAGCAUAACUAUUCAAAGGAAAUGGUUCUUCAGCUCAAUAUGUUCCAGCAUCGGUAUUCACCAUUUAAGUGUCAUAUUUGCCAAAGAUCAUUUACAAGAAAAACACAUCUUCGAAUUCACUAUAGAAACAAACAUCAAAUUGGCUGUCAGAGGGUGGCUCACAAGGCAUGUCCUGGUGAAAAAUUUGAUCAUGUAGGUUUGUGUACAGAGGACAUGCAUAAGAAUAGCACUGCUCCAGUGCCUGCCUGUGCAAACAGCGUUGGGUUCUCUGGACAUUCGGACUCCGAACAGCUGUGUCACCCAAAAAAGGAAGACUGCUGUUCUGAGACUGAUUUGGAGUCCAAUGAAGAGACAGACAAUGAUGUAACAAGAAAAACAUCUAACAUAACUUCUCUGGACAGUCAUAGGGAAGAACUGGAAGCAAGACAGGGAAGAGGAAGCAAAAGAACAGUUGCUAAAGGAAACUUAUGUUACAUAUUGCAUAAGUACCACAAACCAUUUCAUUGUAUACAUAAAAGCUGCAACUCAGCAUUCACAAACCAGAAAGGUUUGAUUCGCCAUUACAGAACUGUUCACCAGUAUAACAAGGAGCAGCUCUGCUUAGAAAAAGACAAAGCAAGAACAAAAAGGGAACUUGUCAAAUGUAAAAAAAUAUUUGCAUGCAAACACAAAGAGUGUGGUAAGCGUUUUCUGUGUUCUAAAGCUCUUGCUAAACAUUGUAGUGACUUCCACAAUGAAAUCUUAGAGGAUCAAAAACUGCUUUCUGAAGCUGAGUCUGCCAGAUUUGCUUGUAACCAAGCCCACUGCCAUGCUGUAUUUUAUACAUUUAAUAAGCUUAAACAACACCUAAUAGAAGAACAUGCCAAUGAAGAAAAAUUAAACAAAGAUUUUGAAAUCCAUUGUGACCUUAAUGGCUGCAAUCGAAUUUUCACAAAUUACAGUCACUAUUCUCAACAUGUAUAUUUCAGACACAGUGAAUAUUAUGAUAGUCUCUUUGGAAAUCAGAAAGAGGAGGAAGAUGAUGAAGAUAGAGAUAAAAGUGAGCAAAAUUGUUUGAAAGACAGCUUUGGCACAAGCAAGCAGAAUGGGAAGCAAUUAAAAGAAAAAGCUAAAAGAAUUAACAGAAGCAGGGAAAAGCAUUUGCUGAGUUUCAAAACAAAAGAGGAAGCCCUACAAAUGUGCAAAGAGAAGUCUAACCAGACGCAGUACCCGUGCAUGGUGCAGGGGUGCCUGUCUGUGGUCAAACUGGAAAGCAGCAUCGUGAGGCACUACAAGCGCACGCACCAGAUGACCAACAUGUACAUCGAGCAGCGCCUUCAGAAACUCGUCCUUUGUGUCAAAUGUGGCAUCAUGAUUGAAAAGCAGUCUUGCUCUGACACAGCUUCAGACUUGGAUAAAAAAGGUGUAGAAGUUAAUGAGGAUCAAUCAGCUAAUUCUGAGCCUGUGCAGGAAAGUGACAAACCCCUUGUUCCAAACCCUGCAUGUGAUCCUCCUGAUGCGAGUAAUGAUGACCAAAAACAACGUUCACCGAGUAGUGCGAGUUGUGAUGCCAGUGCCUUUGUGUAUUCAGGCACUUUAAAAUACAACCACAGUUCAAAGAGCACCUGUUUUGAAGAGCCUAACACCAGGGAGACAGCUGUGUGUAAAACUGAAGAUCUUUCUGAAAGCAGUGAAAGAGAAAAUAGCUCUUCUUUGUGCAGUUUACAGUUAGAGUUGCCAAGAGAGAAAGACCCAGAAGGAUGUCAACAUAGUGCGGUUAAUCAGAAUGCAAAAAGAAAUGUUCUUUGUGCUACAAAAGACAAAUUUCAAAAGCCUCCUGUGUCCAAACCAUUUGAUUUAAAGACAUAUAAACCAAUGGGGUUUGAGUCUUCAUUUUUAAAAUUUAUUCAGGAAAGUGAGGGAAAAGAUGAUGAUGAUGAUGAUGAUUGUGAUGAGGUCGUAGAAUGGGAGUCUCCUGAGCAGUUGCCAGUAGAUGAGACGUUGCAAAAAGAGGGAGACAGUCAAGGGGAUACACCAGUAAACAACUUUGUAAGUGAUGAAAAUGUAAUCAUAACCCCAAAUAAUCCUGGGCAGCUAACAGAGAUCCAGCCCUUGCUGUCAGAGUCCUCAUCUGCCCCUUCUUUAGAAAACCUGAGGGCAAUCUUGGACAAGGCCCUAACGGACUGUGGAGACCUUGCCUUAAAACAGCUGCAUUACUUACGACCAGUCGUAGUUCUUGAAAGAUCCAAGUUUUCCACACCUCUCAUAGAUUUAUUUCCAACAAAAAAGGCAGAUGAGCUGUGUGUAGGAAGUACAUAAGUAGCUUUGCUUAGAGCAGAUAGCCUCCACUACUGCUGUACGGGGAGAACUUCAAAUUAGAACAGUAAUUGUUACAGUACACACUUUUUAGGUUAGUUUUGACUGUUUAAUUCCAUGAAUGUAUAAUAUCUGUCAAAAGUAAUGGCCAAGUUAAUUUAGCUCCCCAUUUUUUUCAAUGAACAAUGCUGAUUUUGGUGCUAUUUAACACAUCAGAAUACUGGGGGCUUCCUCUUGAGUAAAUGUGCAUGAUUGUAUAUGGAACAAGUACUGGGGUACCAGGGUUUGGGGGGCGAUGGAGUUAUUACUUGACUUGAAUGUGCACCCCAGGGUGCUUUGUGUAACAUAUUGUACACUACAGCAUCUUAUAUUUUUUGAGUUAUGAGUUUCAAUAAAUUACAGUUUUUCACCCAUUUGUUUACUGUACAGUAAAUCUUUAAUGUGCUUUACUUGUAAUUGAGUUUGGGACCAUUCUGAAUGCAUUGGACAGUGUUGCUUAAGUUUUAUGCAUUUGUAGAUAAUUUAUCAGACUGAUAAAAUAGAUACAGAAAAGUAAAGUAUUACAUUUUAUUUUACAACA